AUGGCCUCAGACCCGGCCUCUGCCGCCUCGCCGAGCGCCGCCGCCGCUGCGGUGACCGACGAGGUAACGCCGCCGCGGGGACGCAAGACGCCACAUACGCUGCCGGAUGAGAAGGAAAUGGAGGCGAUGCGGCGAGCUCCGGCGAGGGGGGAUGAGGAGAGGGGCCUGGGCUUGGAGGGAGAGGGGAGGAGGGGGGAUAAUCUCGUGAUUAGCGUAGACUCCAUUGCCUGCUCUGAUUUCUCCUUCUCCCCCGUCGUCAGAGAUAGGAGGGCCUAUGGCCUAUCCGAUCACUCUACGUAG